AUGUGCGUGGAGAAGAUUGAGAUGAGGGUAGAGACUUGGGAGGAGAUGUGCGAGGAGAAGAUUGAGAUGAGGGUAGAGACUUGGGAGGAGAUGUGCAAGGAGAAGAUUGAGAUGAGGAUAGAGACUAAGGAGGAGUUGUGCGUGGAGAAGAUUGAGAUGAGGGUAGAGACUUGGGAGGAGAUGUGCGAGGAGAAGAUUGAGAUGAGGGUAGAGACUAAGGAGGAGAUGUGCGAGGAGAAGAUUAAGAUGAUGGUAGAGACUAAGGAGGAGAUGUGCGAGGAGAAGAUUGAGAUGAGGAUAGAGACUAAGGAGGAGUUGUGCGUGGAGAAGAUUGAGAUGAGGGUAGAGACUAAGGAGGAGAUGUGCGAGGAGAAGAUUGAGAUGAGGGUAGAGACUUGGGAGGAGAUGUGUGUGGAGAAGAUUGAGAUGAGGGUAGAGACAUGGGAGAAGAUGUGCGUGGAGAAGAUUGAGAUGAGGGUAGAGACUUGGGAGGAGAUGUGCGAGGAGAAGAUUGAGAUGAGGGUAGAGACUUGGGAAGAGAUGUGCGUGGAGAAGAUUGAGAUGAGGGUAGAGACUUGGGAGGAGAUGUGCGAGGAGAAGAUUGAGAUGAGGGUAGAGACUUGGGAGGAGAUGUGCGAGGAGAAGAUUGAGAUGAGGGUAGAGACUUGGGAAGAGAUGUGCGUGGAGAAGAUUGAGAUGAGGGUAGAGACUUGGGAGGAGAUGUGCGAGGAGAAGAUUGAGAUGAGGGUAGAGACUUGGGAGGAGAUGUGCGUGGAGAUUAAGAUGAGGGUAGAGGCUUGGGAGGAGAUGUGCGAGGAGAAGAUUGAGAUGAGGGUAGAGACUAAGGAGGAGAUGUGCGUGGAGAAGAUUGAGAUGAGGGUAGAGACUUGGGAGGAGAUGUGCGUGGAGAUUAAGAUGAGGGUAGAGACUUGGGAGGAGAUGUGCGAGGAGAAGAUUGAGAUGAGGGUAGAGACUAAGGAGGAGAUGUGCAAGGAGAAGAUUGAGAUGAGGGUAGAGACUAAGGAGGAGAUGUGCAAGGAGAAGAUUGAGAUGAGGGUAGAGACUAAGAAGGAGAUGUGCGAGGAGAAGAUUGAGAUGAGGGUAGAGACUUGGGAGGAGAUGUGCGUGGAGAUUAAGAUGAGGGUAGAGGCUUGGGAGGAGAUGUGCGAGGAGAAGAUUGAGAUGAGGGUAGAGACUAAGGAGGAGAUGUGCGUGGAGAAGAUUAAGAUGAGGGUAGAGACUUGGGAGGAGAUGUGCGAGGAGAAGAUUGAGAUGAGGGUAGAGACUAAGGAGGAGAUGUGCGUGGAGAAGAUUGAGAUGAGGGUAGAGACUUGGGAGGAGAUGUGCGUGGAGAUUAAGAUGAGGGUAGAGACUUGGGAGGAGAUGUGCGAGGAGAAGAUUGAGAUGAGGGUAGAGACUAAGGAGGAGAUGUGCGUGGAGAAGAUUAAGAUGAGGGUAGAGACUUGGGAGGAGAUGUGCGAGGAGAAGAUUGAGAUGAGGGUAGAGACUAAGGAGGAGAUGUGCGUGGAGAAGAUUGAGAUGAGGGUAGAGACUUGGGAGGAGAUGUGCGUGGAGAUUAAGAUGAGGGUAGAGACUUGGGAGGAGAUGUGCGAGGAGAAGAUUGAGAUGAGGGUAGAGACUAAGGAGGAGAUGUGCGUGGAGAAGAUUGAGAUGAGGGUAGAGACUUGGGAGGAGAUGUGCGUGGAGAUUAAGAUGAGGGUAGAGACUUGGGAGGAGAUGUGCGAGGAGAAGAUUGAGAUGAGGGUAGAGACUAAGGAGGAGAUGUGCAAGGAAAAGAUUGAGAUGAGGGUAGAGACUAAGGAGGAGAUGUGCAAGGAGAAGAUUGAGAUGAGGGUAGAGACUAAGAAGGAGAUGUGCGAGGAGAAGAUUGAGAUGAGGGUAGAGACUUGGGAGGAGAUGUGCGUGGAGAUUAAGAUGAGGGUAGAGACUUGGGAGGAGAUGUGCGAGGAGAAGAUUGAGAUGAGGGUAGAGACUAAGGAGGAGAUGUGCGUGGAGAAGAUUAAGAUGAGGGUAGAGACUUGGGAGGAGAUGUGCGAGGAGAAGAUUGAGAUGAGGGUAGAGACUAAGGAGGAGAUGUGCGUGGAGAAGAUUAAGAUGAGGGUAGAGACUUGGGAGGAGAUGUGCGAGGAGAAGAUUGAGAAGAGGGUAGAGACUAAGGAGGAGAUGUGCGAGGAGAAGAUUGAGAUGAGGGUAGAGACUAAGGAGGAGAUGUGUGUGGAGAAGAUUGAGAUGAGGGUAGAGACUUGGGAGGAGAUGUGCGAGGAGAAGAUUGAGAUGAGGGUAGAGACUUGGGAGGAGAUGUGCGUGGAGAAGAUUAAGAUGAGGAUAGAGACUUGA